AUGGCCAUAGGAGCAUCCAUUCACCCAGACUUCAAGGGCUUACAGUUUUCUCUGCGUCUGUAUGCUCUAAAGUUUGUUCUCGACGCUCAGAAAUGGAUCGGAUCGAUACUCGAAGAGGCCGACUGCCUUGGGCCAAAUACCAUCUGGAUCUCGACCGAUGCUCUAGCUCGUGUUGCGAUGCGUCUUAGACUUCACCAUACGGAGCAACUGAUUGGUUCCGACAUGACAGCUGCAGACGUGCAGCUUAGGAAGAAGCUGUGGAGCACAGUCGUGGAGUUGUCGGUUCAGUCCAGUCUAGAUUCCGGUCUUCCUUCGUCUAUCAUCCCUGCGGACUUGCAGCUUGACCUGCCUCUGAAUGUCAACGAUGCCCAGCUUGCGAAAUAUCGCUGA